AUGGCUUCCUGGAAGUCCAUAGGCACCUACGUUGACGCGGUUCCCCCACCUGGGGCGAACAUCGUCAGUGGCAUGUGGAUUUUCAGGGUGAAGCGGCCGCCGGGUUCUCCGCCUGUCUUCAAGGCGCGUUACAUGGCUCAUGGCUUCAGUCAGCGGCAAGGAGUUGACUACUUUCAGACCUUCUCUCCCACCCCGAAGAUGACCACUCUUCGGGUACUGCUGCACGUAGCUACUCACCGUGACUACGAGCUACACUCUCUUGACUUCAGCACUGCUUUUCUGCAGGGUAGCCUGCACGAGGAGAUCUGGUUGCACCGCCCACCUGGCUUCACUGGGACUUUUCCUCCUGGCACCCAGUGGAGCCUCCGGCGGCCAGUCUACGGUCUCCGCCAGGCACCGCGUGAGUGGCACGACACAUUGAGGACUACACUUGCGGCUCUUGGGUUUGCUCCCUCUACUGCCGACCCGUCGCUGUUUCUGCGCACCGACACUUCUGUGCCGCCGUUCUACAUCCUUGUGUACGUCGAGGACUUGGUCUUUGCCACAGCUGACACUUCUAGACUCGCCCACGUGAAGUCCGAGCUGCAGAAGAGACACACAUGCACUAACCUGGGUGAACUGCGCAGCUACCUUGGCUUGCAGAUCACCCGGGACAGAGCACGCCGCACCAUUACCCUGACUCAGUCACACAUGGUGCAGCAGGUCCUUCAGCGCUUCGGCUUCACGUACUCCUCGCCUCAAGCCACUCCUCUGCUUACUCGCCACUCGCUCACAGCUCUGCCUUCGGAUGAGUCCGUAGAGUCACCGGAGCACAUGGCUGCAGCAAAGAGGGUGUUGCGCUACUUGUGCAGUACGUCGGGCAUGGGGCUUCUGCUUGGAGGGCGGAGUCCAGUGGUCCUCACUGGGCACGCAGACGCUUCUUGGGCUGAUGACCAGGCUACGCAGCGGUCGUCACAGGGUUACACCUUCAGCCUUGGUUCCGGCUCUGUUUCGUGGCGGGCUACUCGCUCGUCUUCUGUUCUCGGCUCCAGUUGUGAGGCUGAGAUCUACGCCGGAGCCAUGGCUGCACAGGAGCUUCGCUGGCUCACCUACCUGCUGACUGACCUCGGAGAGCCACCUCGUUCUCCUCCAGUGCUGUACGUAGACAACAAGGCCAUGCUGGCCUUGUAUCGGGAGCAGCGACUGGAGCACAGAACGAAGCAUAUUGCUCUCCGCUACUUUCUUGCUCGUGAGCUGCAGCAGCGUGGUCAGCUGCGCCUUGCUUACGUGGCCUCUGAGGCCAACACUGCUGAUAUCUUCACCAAGGCGCUUGCGCCUUGUGAUCAUCAGCGCUUCUGUACUCAGCUGGGUCUUGUGCCUGCCUUGCCUUACUUGCUCACCUCUUGA